AUGAGUAGGGAAUCGAGAUUGGUAAAGCGGGAGAAUUCGAUGAAUCAUGGUUCCUCCAGGUCAGUUUACUACGGGGUGGCCGCCGUCGCCGUGCCCUUCUUAUGGGAGUCGGUGCCCGGGACGCCGAAGAAGACUGCCGGAGACGCCUCGCUGCUGCCGCCGCUGUUGCUCAGCCCGCCGCCGGGCUCCCACUGCCUCUCCAGCCCAGGGAGGAGCGAGAGGAAGUCUCCCAAGCGCUUCGUGCGCUGCGUGGCGCUGAAGCUCCUCCGGGGCAGCAAGUUGUCUUCCUGGCUGCCGAUUUUGUUCCCGAUGGCCUCGUCGCCGCUGAACGCCGCCGGGGAUGUCUCUCUGCCGUCGGCGUUGUGCUUCAGAGUGAGACGAGGGACAAAUGAUAAGAUCAAUUGA